ACCGAAUCUAAAUAUAUGAUAAUUAUAUAAGUUUCUCUUCUGUUUUCUCAAGGUGUAUUCUUCGUAGUUCGAGAUUUGGAUCAUGUCAUUAAUGGCCCCUCGAGUCUCCUCGGUCGUCUUCGCUCUUAGUUUGCUCGUUGGCAUUGCUUCUGCCAUUGAUUUUUAUAGAGAAAUGGAGUUCAGUUAUUCAGGCAUCGAUGGCCCAAACAACUGGGGGAAAUUGGAUCCAACAUUCACACCAUGUUCAUCAGGGAGAAUACAGUCUCCGAUAAACAUUCAGAGGAAUAUGACUGUCCACAACAAGCAAUUGAAACCAUUAGCCAGACGGUACAAACCUGCAAACGCUACACUCGUUAACAAGGGCUUCAGCGUUGGGGUGCGUUUCGAAGAAGAUGCUGGACAGUUAUGGAUUGAUGGCAAAAGCUACGCACUCAAGCAAGUACACUGGCAUUUACCUUCAGAGCACCGCAUUGAUGGACAACAAUUUGCUGCUGAGCUCCAUAUGGUCCAUCGAGCACCGGAUAACAGCACUGCUGUUGUAGCAGUGCUCUACCAAGAAGCCAAUGCUGCCGAUCCAUUUAUCUGCAGGCUGAUGGGAGGAUUAAAUAAAUUGGGAAAGGAAAACUCAGAAGUUCCUCUUGGUAAUAUGAACAUAAACGAACUGAGUAGAAGAAGUCGAAAGUAUUACAGAUAUGUUGGUUCACUUACAACUCCCCCAUGCAUGGAGGAUGUCCACUGGAGCAUCCUGGGAAAGGUGAUGUCCAUUUCGAAAGAGCAGAUAGCCGCAAUGGAUAGCCCGUUGAACGCAGAUUGCAAGAGAAACGCAAGGCCGUGUCAGCCAUUGAAUGGUCGAGAGGUUGAUCUCUAUGAUGAGCUCAUUUGUUAAUGUAAUCUAUGUAUUUAGGUGACGGAAAACUAUUGUUGUACUUUCAUUUUAAUUAGGGUCGUAAAUGAUCCAAGUAUGAACGUAUGAAUAAUGUUUUUAUGUUUAUUUUUACGUUUAUUUC